AAACAUCCUGGUCUGCAAACUAGCUCACGUGGAUCGGUGGUGCAUCAACUCUUCUCGGGAUGAUAAGAACAUCUGGUACUCGUCUUCAAGCCAACCCAAGAUUACUUCCACCUCUCAGUCUACACGGGUCUCAUCAUCCGAAUUUUGAACGUUCAUUACGAAGACAGCACACCAAUUCCAAUGCUGUCGAUGACUGGUGUAUCCCAAUCCAACUCAAACCACCAGCUCCACAAAGAAGUCCAGCAAGCCUAUCAGAUGAGGCGUUGAUUCGUCUCCACCGGUUAUCUGCCCUAGAGCCACCAGAAGAACGCUCCUCCGAGUUCGAAAAAGUCAAGAAUAGUUUACAAGCGAUGUUGGCCAUGGUGGAUUCGGUCAAAGAUUUCGAACCAACAGCCGAAGAUUUGGAAACAAAAAAUGGUUAUGAAAUUCCUGAUGGAAGGAUUUGGCCGACCGAUGAAUCGCUACCUAUCGACUGGGAAGCACUCGUCCAAAAACAAGAAGAUUUCAUCAGAUCUAGACAAAUCAACAUUCCAGGUUCGACCAAACCGAACGUUGGAUCAGGUCACUCGAGCGAAACCGGUUCUUCCAAGGCGGACUCGACUGGAGAAGGUGUGACCUUGGAGAUGGCGACUGAGGACAUUCACACAGUCCGUCGACGAGGACUUGGACAACAACCACAAAAUGAGAACAUCUUCUAUGUCGCCAAACUCCCCGGUUCAAAACGAAGCAAAUCAAAAAAUUAGUUCACUCACCGCAUAAAUUAAUAAUUGCUUAUCCAGUCGACUUUUCCCCCUGUCGAUUUAAUCUGAAGAGUGGAAAAUUGAGCAAUCAUGUGUAUUAAAUUGAAGAUCGGGUAGCUGGAUGACUAACUCACAAAACUGAAUUGUAUUUUACUAAUCUGAUCUCAGCAUAUCUGUUCCCACUUCU